AUGACUAUCCGGGCAUUGGAAAAGGUUUCCAUUGGCCAAAAUGGCAUCGGCGCCUUCAUUCUGCAGUGUAGAAAGAUAGACGUUCACUAUUGCGACCACUCCGGAAGCUCCAGAGGCAUGAGUGCCUUCAUCAAAUCCCAACUCGCCAACUUCGCAGCCAAGCAUCCUCAAAUCGAAUUCGCUGUAUCUCCCCGUCCACGAAAACACCCCGUCCUCAUCGGACACUAUAUAAAUGGAAAGGAGAAGUCUAUAUGCGUCAAAAACCUCGACUCUCUUCAGAUAUUAAAGAAGAUGGAACUGCUACGAGACGCCAGUGGUGAGAAGGUCAAGAAGGUUAACAAGCCAGUCACUAGUAUCAGCCAAAGCGUGAGAGGAAUGUGGAGUCCUUACCACGGCAAUGGCAUGACCGUAUAG